AUGGAUAGGUUAUUUGGAUGGAAUGUUAGGGGGCUUAACAAAACCAGCAAGCAACGGGAGGUCAUGAGAAUGAUUUCUAAUAAAAGAAUUGGUUUUGUUAGCCUCCUAGAAACAAGGGUUAAGACUUCAAAUAUGGGGUCCUUAUACCUUAAUAUGUUUAAGGGAUGGUGUUUCACUUCAAAUUUAACGCAUCAUCCUAAUGGUAGAAUUGUGGUGGCUUGGAAUCCGUAUAGUUUUGAUGUGGAUAUUCGAGGUAGUUCUAGUCAAUGGAUGCAUUUCCUUGUCUCUAUCAAAAAUGGAGAUCAAUUUGCUAUUACUGUAGUGUAUGCGUUUAAUGAUAUGAAAGGUAGGGAGAGUUUGUGGGCUGAUUUGGAAAAGCUUGGUUAUGAGAUUAAUUGUCCUUGGAUAGUCAUGGGGGAUUUCAAUUCUGUGUUAUCUCCUUCUGACAGAUUGCCUCAUUGUGGUAAUGGUUCUGAAUUGGUUCCUUUUCAAACAUGUGUCGAGCAUUGUAGGUUAGUUGAUGUGAAGUUUUCGGGAUCUUUUUUUACUUGGAAUAAUAAGCAAGCAGGUAAGGACCGGGUUUAUGCUAAACUUGACAGAGUUUUGGCUAAUGAUAGCUGGAUGGAGAAGUAUAUCUCUGCUGAAGUUAUUUUUUUCCGGGAAGGAGAGAUGGAUCAUAGUCCUUUUUUGGUGAACUUUGGUUCUGUUCAGGAGAAUCGGAAACCAUUCAGAUAUUUUAAUUUUUGGAGUAAUCUUGCUGGUUUUCAGAGGGCUGUGGCUGAGAGUUGGAAUGAGGAUGUAAAAGGGACCCCAAUGUUUUGUCUGGUUUCAAAGUUAAAGAGGCUUAGGGUGGAGCUGAAAAAGAUUAAUAAAGAAGGGAAAGGGGCUGUGUUUGUUCAGGAGGCGAAGAAGUUUAAGUUGAUGCUAGAGAUUCAAGAGAAAAUUCAAGCCGAUCCAAGUAAUAUUUAG